AGAAAAUUGGUGUUUCUUAAGACUAUGAAAGUUUUUUCUAAAUUACUUUUAGUGAAUUAUUCAGUAGCUGGACAAUUACAUUUAAAUUACUUCCAUUUAAUCAGACCUUAUUCUUUGGAUGCAACCUGCAAAAAUUUAAAGCAAGAACAGCCAAAACCUUCAGGUUUACGAUUUGAUGCUCCGAGUCAUUUUGAGUUGGAUGGGAGACGUAUUGCGACAUCUCCAGAUAUUUGGAAUAUUUCAACACGUGUCGAGCAGUUGUUACAACGUAGACUUUUGGAGGAAGAAGGAAAUCCACUCAAUUUGUUGAAAAGAAAAAUUACGGAUUACUUCAAUUCAACUUAUAGAAAGCCACGUGCCAGUUCUCCGCUCUUCGCCAUUUGUGAGAAUGAACCUCGCCUGGUGGAUGUUUUUGAAAAUUUUGAUUCUCUUCUAAUUCCUGAAGCUCAUCCAUCUCGACGAACAUCCGACACUUAUUACGCUAGCGAUGAUUUUUGUCUUCGAGCUCAUACUUCUGCGCAUCAAUUUGAGUUGCUUAAGAAGGGGCUGGAUAAUUUCCUUAUUGUUGGUGAUGUUUACAGAAGAGACGAAAUUGAUAAGACACAUUUCCCUUGCUUUCAUCAAAUUGAAGGUUUACUCUUUAUUUUAGUUCUUAUUUAA